GGCGAGGCAUAGGCACGCAGAUAUGCGCAUCGUUCAAUGCUGCUAAAACGUGCCUUUGCCGUGCUCAAUGCCCGUGGCGUGCUUAGGGUAUGCUGCAGCCGCAGCAGCCGCAGCAGCCGCAGCAGCCGCAGUCGCCGCCGCAGUCACACCAGCCGCAACGGCCGAAGCAGCUGCAGCGGCAGCAGCAGCAGCAGCCGCAGCAGCAGCAGCAGCCGCAGCAGCAGCAGCAGCAGCAGCAGCAGCAGCAGCUGCAGCAGCCACCGCCGAGACAGCAGCUGCCGCCGCCCCCUGUCUGGGCCGCAGCCGCCGAUGCCAUCGCGCGUGCCGCCUGGGGCUGGGAGCGGCGGGCCCGCGCCCGCCCGGCCCAGUGGUGCCUUUGCUGCCUGGCGCCCGCUCGUCGCGCGCCAGCCUGCUGUGCUCGCGUGGCGCGCGGCCGCCCCGGCCCGCAGGCGAUGGCGGUCCGGGUACAUGCGGUGGCGCGGUCCGGCACUCCGCGCGCGGGCAUUGGCGCGGCGGCCUGGGAAGCCGGUGGUCUCGAUGAUGAGGCCCCUGCCGCCAAGCGCGCGGACACCCGCGCCAUCGCGGCCGUGGGCUCUGGCCUGCGGGCUGGCUUCCUAAUGCCGCCGGCUGGGCGGCGGCCGUCGCCUUCGGUGGCUGGAGCGGACGGCGGCGCUGCUGGGCGUGCGAGCAGCUGCAGGAGGCCCGUCUGGCGGUGGUGGCGGCGAGCCCGGCGGUGGUGCUGGGGCGGCGGGCGUGGGCCCGGACCCUGAAAUGGUUGGUGGCGAGUGCGACUACGGGACCAUCCUGCGGCGGACGUCGUGGCUUUGCUGGCUGACCACGAUGAGGCCCCCAGCCCCGGCACUACCUUUGAGGCGGUCCUGCAACAGGUACUGUGGGAUGCGAGUGAUCAGUUCGCGGUGUGCUGUCGUGGCACUGGGCGCGCUCUGAUCCUGAGGUCCCUCCGUGGGGACGUCCGCGCCUGGGAGCGGGAAUGGGUGGCAGACGGUGGCCCUCCCGUGUGCCCUCGGGGCCUGAUGCCGCAGCUGCUAGAGGUCGCGGCGCGCGCGGAUGCGGAGUUGGUGCGCGGGCGCUCUGGGCGGGGCUUUCCUAGUGUGCUGUCCUGGUUUGGUGGCGUGUUCGUGCGUGCGCUUGAUCGUGCGCCGGCAGUUGUUCCUGUGCGGUAGCUGGUCUGCUUUGUUGUGGAGGUCAGUUGGCUGCUGCCCGUGUGCCCCGGUUUGCGUGGGGCCCGUGCCCCGGUUUGCUGCGGGUGGGAGCGGGUGUGACUGCGCGUGGUCGUGCGCCUGCAGUGGUUGCCGUGUAGUCGCUUUGGACUGCUUUGUUGCUGGGUCGGAUUGCGCGGCCGCUUGAUUCAGCGUGCGGGCGUGGCGGUCGGGUAGCUGCUGCCUGUGUUCCCUGGCCUGCUUGGGACCCAGGGCCCGGUUUGCAGUGUUGUGGUGCGGGGGUAAGCGUGUGUACCUGCAGUGGUUUCCCGUUCUCGCGGUGGUUUAGGCUUGGUGCUGGGUGUCCGUGCUUCUCCUUCUUUUGUUUGUCGUGCUCUGUUAUGUGAGUUUGGUGGUUGCUUCGCCUUUUUGGGGGCCCCCGGUCUGCCCUUGCUUUGCCCCGGAGGGGUGCCCUUGGGUUUCGGUGGCUUGUGCGGUGGUCCCUGGUGUUCUGCUUGCUCGCUUUGCAGGUUGUGUGCCGGUGUGGUGCUGCCGGUGUGGGUCUCCCCCCACUCCACCAGUCCAACAGGCCAACAGGGGCGGCGCGCUCUUCCCUUCACCAGCCCGGAUGAGAUGCUUGAAGACUAACAAUGCGAAGCCGAGGAAGCCAGCGGGCAUUGUAAGGCCCCCCCCCC